CAUACUCCAUAAUCAUAAUCAUAAUCCGUAUAUUCCAUAUUUGUGUUGUGUGUAGAUUACAACAAACCAAGCUCCGUCCCUCACAAUAAAAGCACCACUAAUAAUCACUAUGCAUUGUUGUUGUUUCAUGUGAGUGAAAGGAUAGAGCGAAACGCAUCGCACUUUAUCGUCGUUCGAUGGUGAUGAUGGUGACGGAGGGAAACGACAGCAGCUGCGGCAGCGGCGGCAGCGGAGUGCAGCACCAUACGAUGUCGUCCUCGUCCUCGCCGGCGCAGAGCCGGCAGCAGCGGCAGAAGGUGGAAGUGUACAAUGAGAUUCUCCGCCGCUUGAAGGAUUCCGGCCACGAAGAAGCUAUGCAACCUGGCUUCCACGAUCAGCUUUGGGCUCACUUCAAUCGCCUCCCUACACGGUAUGCGCUGGAUGUGAAUGUGGAAAGGGCGGCAGAUGUUCUCAUGCACAAGAGAUUGCUGCAUUUGGCGCAUGAUCCUGCUAAUAGGCCUUCAAUUGAAGUUCGAUUAGUUCAGGUUUAUCCCAUAACCGAUGGAAACUCAGCUGACACUUUUGAAUCAGAUGAUCCUGGGAUAGAAUCUGGACAAAGUUCUUCAAAGUACUCAAGCAGACAGAGUAUACAUCCACCUCCUGCUUUUGGUUCUUCUCCUAAUCUUGAAGCACUGGCUCUUGAAGCAAAUAAUUCUGAAGAAGACAUAGAAGAGGAACAAUCUGUACAUGCCAAUGUUCAAUAUUCACGGCCCAUGCAUGAAAUCACCAUCUCAACAGAUGACAAGCCCAAGCUUCUCAGUCAGUUAACUGCUUUGCUUGCUGAGAUUGGACUGAACAUCCAAGAAGCACAUGCAUUUUCUACAACUGAUGGUUUCUCAUUAGAUGUGUUUGUUGUUGAAGGAUGGCCCUAUGAGGAAACAGAAAAGCUUAAAGCAGCUUUGGAAAGUGAAGUCUUGAAGAAGAUUGAGAGACAGGUGAGGUCUAGUCCACAAUCCGUAUCUUCAGUUGACGAGCCUGAUCAAGCAAAGUUGUACAGUGAACUGGAUCAUUUGACAAUACCAAAUGAUGGGACAGAUGUUUGGGAAAUAGAUCCUAAACAUUUGAAAUAUGGAACUCAAAUUGCAUCUGGGUCAUAUGGUGAACUAUUUAAAGGUGUAUAUUGUAGCCAGGAAGUGGCCAUCAAAGUUCUCAAGGCUGAGCAUGUAGAUUCAGAAUUGCAGAGAGAGUUCGCACAGGAAGUCUAUAUCAUGAGAAAGGUUCGACACAAGAAUGUUGUACAAUUCAUAGGAGCUUGCACCAAGUCCCCACGCUUAUGCAUAGUAACAGAAUUUAUGUCUGGUGGAAGUGUGUAUGACUACCUACAUAAGCAGAAGGGCUUUUUUAAAUUUCCUACACUGCUCAAAGUAGCAAUUGAUGUUUCCAAAGGAAUGAACUACUUGCACCAACAUAAUAUAAUCCAUAGAGACUUGAAGGCUGCCAACCUUUUGAUGGAUGAAAAUUGUACUGUAAAGGUCGCUGAUUUUGGGGUUGCUAGAGUUAAAGCUCAAUCUGGCGUCAUGACUGCAGAAACUGGAACAUAUCGAUGGAUGGCUCCUGAGGUUAUAGAACACAAGCCGUAUGAUCACAAGGCUGAUGUAUUUAGUUUUGGAAUUGUUUUAUGGGAGUUGCUCACCGGAAAGCUUCCAUACGAAUAUUUAACCCCCCUACAGGCAGCUAUAGGAGUGGUUCAAAAGGGUUUGCGACCCACCAUCCCGAAGAACACUCAUCCAAAGUUUGUGGAGCUUCUUGAGAGGUCUUGGCAGCAAGAUCCUACAUUGAGACCUGAUUUCUCCGAAAUUAUCGAGAUCCUGCAGCAGUUAGCAAAGGAGGUUGGAGAUGGAGAGGAGCGGCACAAGGAUAAAUCUGGAGGACUCCUGUCUGUCCUCAGAAGAGGACAUCACUAAAAGGUUUCUUUGAAUAGAUGAUGUCCGUAACAUGGUCAUAGGUAGGAUCAAUCGCAGCACAAGGGCCAUUUCCCAUUUGUUUCUAAAUUGUCAUGUACAGUUAUCUUCACAUUAUCUGAUUGCUUUUAUGAUAGAUUUGUCACGAUUUAAGCAUUUUGAAAAUAUGAUCAAUUGCCCAUUGCUUCGGGUUUUAUAACCUUUAUUUAUAUCUGUAAAAAAGUUGUUGAUGGGUAUAGAUUAAAUUCGUAGCAUCAACAAUCCUUUAUUGCAUCAAAAUAUUAUGUUAAGUAUAAUUGUUUACAUUGAUUCUUUCUAAAUCAAUGGAUUCUGGAA